CGUCGGGCUUCUGCCUCUACGGCUCAGCGGCGCAGUCCUCUCUGAACUAUCCCGGGCCAGACAGGAGGUUAAACUGCCCGAGACAAUGAGAUACGCUUUUUGUGUGAUUUGGGGUUUUCUCCUUUCUGCAUGGGUGGACUCGCAGUCUCAGCGGAGGCCAAAUUUUACAUGCGGUGGAAAUUUGACGGGCGAAUCCGGGGUGAUUGGAAGCGAAGGAUAUCCCGGAGUUUAUCCAUCAAAUACAAAAUGUACAUGGAAAAUAACGGUCCCCGACGGCAGGGUGGUGUCGCUGAGGUUCCGCUCCAUUGACCUGGAGAGCGACACUCUCUGCAGAUACGACUACGUGGAUGUGUACAGCGACCACGCCGGCGGCCAGCGGCUCGGCCGCUUCUGCGGCACCUUCAGGCCGGGCGCCCUGGUCUCCAGUACCAACAGGAUGCUAGUGCAGAUGGUGUCGGACGCCAACACUGCCGGUAGCGGGUUUCUGGCUGUGUUUACCGCCGCUCACCCCAAUGAACGAGGCGAUCGUUAUUGUGGCGGGCGAAUGGUGAAGCCGUCCGGCUCCUUUAAGACACCGAAUUGGCCGGAGAGGGAUUAUCCUGCUGGGGUCACCUGCACCUGGCACUUCAUAGCACCUAGCAACCAGGUCAUCGAGCUGAAGUUCGAGAAGUUUGACGUGGAGAGAGAUAGCUACUGUCGCUACGACCACGUGGCGAUUUAUAACGGCGGGGAGGUCAACGAGGACAAGAGGAUUGGCAAAUUCUGUGGUGACAGCCCUCCAGCGCCAAUCACCUCAGAGGGGAAUCAGCUUCUCGUUAAUUUCCUCUCUGACCUCAGUCUGACCGCAGACGGGUUCAUCGGUCACUACAAGUUCAGGCCCAGAAGACUUAGGACCACUGCUGCGCCAGUUAUGACCCCCACUACAUCCACCACGGUUACCACUGCAAUGGUGAAGUACUCCCCAGAUCUCUGCAAGAAAAAAUGCGAGAGGAACGGCACCCCAGAGAGCCAUUUCUGCGCGAGCAGCUUCGUAAUCACAGGCACCGUCAUCACCACGACAGUGCGAGAGGGCAGGGUUCACGCCACCAUCUCCAUCAUCAGCAUCUACAAGGAGGGCGACCUCACCAUCCAGCAGGCCGGGAAGAGCAUGAGCACCAAGAUCGUCGUGCUGUGCAAGAAGUGCCCCUUCAUCCGACGCGGUCUCAGUUACAUUUUCAUGGGCCAGACGGACGAGAAGGGACAAGGGGCCAUCAGCCCUCAGAACUACGUUGCGGCCUUUAAGGGCAAGAGCCAGAGAGUGCUGGACGUAUUAAAAUACCAGCGCUGCUGAAUUCUGCAAAACUUCCCGCUGGACGCAGACCCCAGUCAUCACAGAAUCCUGGAGGCAUAUUAGGAACAUAUGCUCUUGGAUUAUCUUCUGUUUUUUGUUUCCUUGUUGACUGCUGACCUUUGGAACUGAAGCAUAAAUGCGGUAUGCGUCUUAGGAUUUGUCAGCAAGUCCGGUCUCUUCCGAGGACGUCAUUUUGUGUGUUUCAUGUCUUGCGCGGAAAAACACGGGCCGUACCUUCAGCAGGAUUUGUGUCUGUGGUGUAGAUGCCGUGUGGCUAGGAUCUGUAAAUUCACGAGGUUAUUGUCGCAACUACUGCGUGUCCUUGCUAACUAGAAUUUCUCAUAAAAAGCCUCUAGAAAAUGCAUUGGCUGUUAAAACACGAGAGAAAAUGUGAUUCGGUUAAAGGGCAGAAACUCACACUAUGCUGAAAUCAUAAAAUGUGAAAAGCAUUCCCUGUACUGGUUAAUGUGCAAUAAAUUUUUUUAAAAAAAGAGCUUUUCAGAUAUAAUUGGAUAAACAUAUAAUUUUAUCCUUUGCAUAAAUCAUUUUUUAUCAGAAGAGUUAUUUAUCCAGUUAAUUCUUUUUUAGCAUAAUAUUUGAUGUUUGUAAAGAUGCUGGAAAAAAAAUAAUCUUUUGAAAGUGUUUUUUAAAUAUUUAUAUGAUAUUUUGUACAAAGAAAUAAAACUCACAACAGUGUUUAUUCUGAA